AUGACGGCUUUGCUUGAUAGCCUUUGGCUGGGCUUCGUCGGCUUCUCUCCAUGCUUGGCGGGUUUGGCCCUCCUGGUGGUGUGCUCGUGGUCUCUGAGGCUUCACCCUCGGAAGGUCCUCGACAUAGGUUGGCGGGACUUGAUGGUCGCGUUCACAUCGUUCACAUCGUUCACGCGGAGAAGUCGGGACCGCACCACCUUGGAGCGCAAGAUCGGUGAGUGCUAUGCUCCGUCCGAGGCAUCUGAGGUGCUUGUGACGCUCUCGGUGAGAUCGGCAUUCGACAUGCUUCUGUCAGCAUUGGCUUUGCCGAAGAAUUCCGAAGUUCUCUUUCUCCCAGGCAUCACCAUCCCUGGGAUGGUUCAGCUUGUCGAACAUCAUGGGUUGCAGCCUGUAGGCCUGGACCCACCAAAGCCCACCCAGAUGCUUCCCCCCAAGCUGGCACCCUUUGUGACGCCGCGAACCCGCAUCUUGGUGAUCACCCACCUCUUCGGAACCAUCCACAAAGCCGGGCACCUCAUCCGGGAGGCGAAGGAGCUGGGAAUCCUAGUGGUGGAAGACGGUGCGCAGGCCUUCAUGGGCAGCGUCUUGCCCGAGAAGCGCUCCGCGGCUUGCCCUUGGCCCAUGGGCUUUCGGGGGCACGAGGCUUCCGACGUGAUCUUCUCGAGCUUUGGCACCAUCAAGACUUUGACCGCCUUGGGAGGUGGCAUCGCCCAGGUCCGCGACGCCCAGCUCCGCGGGAAGAUGCGGGAGAUCGCGGCCUCCUGGCCCCGGCGCAGCCGCAGGCAGCGCCUCCUCUCCAUCAUUCGGGCGGCCUUGCUGAGGAUCUUGACCACGCCCAUCCCUUACGGGAUCGUGGAAGCCCUGAUUACAACAUUGGGGUUCAACUUUGACCACCUCAUCGUCUCCUCCGUUCGUGGCUUUGGUAAGUUGGAAGAGAUCCGGCAGAAGCCAGCGACGGAGCUUCUGGAGUUACUCCUUUGGCGCCUACAACGUCAGCAGAUGGCUGCUUUCAAGGAUCCGUCAAUGCAGUCUUCCGUGAGCAGGCGCUGUCGGAAUGCCAAUGUAGUCAUCAGUCGCCUCGAGAAGGAAGGCAUCGAGUUUGUGUCAAAAGGAGACGGCACCAACAGCUGGUGGCUGCUGCCCAUUCUCUCCGAUGACCCGCAAGGCUUGGCGAGUGAGAUGGUGGCUCGUGGCUUUGAUGCCACCAGCACCACUACUCAGCUGCAGCGAGUCGUCACGGCCGCAACAUCGAAGGAGCAGGCGCUGAUCCCGUCCAGCGGCCAGGACUCUUGUGAUUGCAUGUAA